AUGGGAUCCAAUGUCAGUCCACCCAUUGCAGAGGCAGUAAUGGAUUUCCUGCUUGAUUGCAUUCUUGCACACAUCCCGUUUUACAUCCCAUUAAUUAAGAAGUAUGUAGAUGAUAUUAUAUGUGCUGUCCCUAAAGACCAGGUUAAUUUUGUAUUGGACAUUUUCAACCAAGAACACCACAGUAUCCAGUUCACGUUGAAGGAAGAAACGAACAACAGUGUCCCGUUUCUUGACACAAGAGUUAUUCGAACACCUGAAAACAAAUUGAUGGUGGAUUGGUACCGAAAGCCCUCAAGCUCAGGGAGAUACCUUCAUUAUCUCUCUAAUCAUCCAUACAGACAGAAGGUGAAUAUGAUUUUGGGUUUGAAGAGUAGCAUUGAGAGGAUCGCCCAUCCAAGUCUUAGACUGCCGAAUCUGAGGUUGUUGGCGGAUUUGAUGAAGACAAAUGGUUACCCCAGAAGAUUGUUGUCGAGUUUGUUGCAUUGUGCUGCUUCCUUGGUACGACCGACAGAUGAAGGGAUUGCCGCAUCCACCAUAGUAGGGGCCGAACAUACAGGUAGGAUCAUCUAUGCCUCUAUUCCCCAAAUAAAGAGUGUGACGAAUGCCCUGGUUAAUAUCUUGAGUACCUCAACAAUAAGGAUGAUCCCCAGAUCGGAAUUUAAAGUUGAUAAAUUGUACAGCCGUACAAAAGACAAAUUGACGGUUGAAAAUAUGAGUGGAGUUGUGUAUAGUAUACCUUGUGGUGGAUGCUCCGAGGUGUACGUGGGCCAGACUUCCCAGCUUCUCAAACGCAGAAUUGCACAACACAGAAGUGAUGCUAGAAUUCCAAGCAAGACUUGCGCCCUGGCUGAACAUUUCCGGAAGACCGAUCAUCCUGUUGACUACGAUUCCACCAGAGUUCUUGAAUUGGAGAAGAACACCAACAAAAGAUGUUUCAUGGAGAUGUUCCACAUCAAACGCCUAUCUAACUCCAUGAAUUACAGGAGAGACGUCAAUAACUUAAGUUCAAUAUAUUCCUACCUAAUUCAUUAUGAUCAGUUCGGUGAGAGGGAACUGGUUGGAUUGCGUGGAGAAGACUCCGGUACAGUUUAG